AUGCGCUUCUCCAUUCUGUCCGCCACACUGGCGGCCUCGUGUUUCUUUGCCAGCAGCUCUGCCAUUUCCAUCCUGUUGGGCAAUGACGAUGGCUUCGCCGCUGCCCAGGUUCGAGAAUUCUACCGCCUGUUGAAGGCUGAUGGUCACGAUGUCGUUCUCGUGGCCCCUGCCGACAACGAGAGUGGUCAAGGUGGCCGUGCGGUGUUCACCACUUCGAAGAACUUGACUGUCCCUUCGGAGUUCAACAUCAUCCCCGCCGGUGCCCCGUCCCUUGGCCGCGAUCCCACCGACCCAGACGUCUGGUACUACAACGGCACUCCUGCCGCCUGCACGUACGUUGCUCUGGACUAUGUCAUCCCGAACUUCUACGACAACCGGACCAUUGAUCUGUACCUCGGCGGUCCCAACUUUGGAUUGAACCCCGGACCGUUCUACUAUACUUUGAGUGGAACAAUUGGUGGCACAUAUGCUGCUAUUCAACGUAACAUCCCAGCUAUUGCGUUUUCUGGGGCCAAUUCCGAGCAGCGGUCGUACACUUGGAUCAACAAGACCACUGCAUCUGGCCACCCUGAUCCUGCGACCAUCCAUGCCCAGCUGGCCUUGGAUGUCGUCACCGCAUUGGUCAAGGGCUCGAAGCCUGGGGAGCGCCUGCUGCCGCUAGGCUACGGUAUAAACGUCAAUGCCCCCUUCAUCACUUCUUUGACCAAUGACACCUGCGUGUCGCCAUCCUUUUACCAGACCCGCAUUACCGGUGGAGCCAUGACCGACCGCGCCAUCUACAACAAGACCACCGGCCUGUUCACCUACGGCAACGCCAUGACCGAAGGCCUAAACACCUGCAUCAACGGCGACUGCUCCUUGCCCGGUGAAACCGACGUGGUUGAUGAUGGCUGCUCUGUUGCCGUCUCCGUCUUCUCCAUCGACUACACCGCCCCGCUUGGUGCUGCCAACACUGGCAUCCGCGACGCCCUGUCGCCCCUCGUCCAGUUCCCCAACAAGAACGGCAAGAUGAUGAUCAAGGCCCGCGACACUCUGACCAGAGAGGAGAAGGAGGCUAGACACCCUCUGCGCCAGGCAUAA